AUGUGGACUUUGACUGUUGAUCAAAUCACGGAAUAUUUCAAGAACUUUUACGUCAUACAAACUCUAUAUUACAGCACCAUAGCUUUCCUUAAGGCGUCCAUUCUCUUCAUGUACCUACGAAUCUUCCCUGGCGAGCGGUUUCGGAGAGUCCUUUGGGGCACACAAGCGCUCAAUCUGGCAAUCGGUGUCACCUUUGUUCUUCUCGGAAUAUUCCAAUGUCGACCCAUCCACCUUGCUUGGACGGCUUGGAGAGGCGACUCCGAAAGCAAGGGCACAUGCAUGGAAGUCGUCAUCAUUGCGAUGGUUUACUCGGCAAUCCAAGUUGGACUGGACAUUUGGAUGCUCAUACUACCUCUCACGCAGAUUCUGGGUUUGAACAUGAAGUGGAGCAAGAAAUUUGGGAUUAUGUUCAUGUUCAGCUUGGGGCUUUUUCUCACAGCAGCUAGCACCAUCAGGCUGAAGCUUCUUGUCGACUACCAUCAGGGAACACACAAUUUCACAGGUAAUUAA